CGAACCCGAUCACUUAAAGCUUGACCAGAAAGAAUCAGGAAGGCGCACCGGGAGCUCGCUUCAGAAGGCGACGAAGGGACUAGCGGCGCGUGAAGGAGACGCGGAGAUUGUGAUACUGACGGAUUGAAGCUAAAUCCCUCAAAUGCUCGGAUUUACUAAAUCCUGGAUUUAAGCUCGAUUUUCUGGACUGCAUCAGACUUGUCUCGAGGAUUGAUUGUCGAAUCGAAUCCUUAGUUGAGCUCAGCGGGAUCAAGGAAACGGCUUUCGACUGGGAUUUACCCCGGAAAGAUAUGACUGUAGUUGUCCAUCUUAGGAAGCAAAUAGAAAGCAUUAAUGGCAUUGACAGCAAUUUCCAGAGGAAGGAAGCACCUCCUGCAGCAACUGAAUGUAGCUGUUCGUUCUAGUUCUAGUAUUUCAAGUUACGAGCAUGGUUCAACUGCUCAUAAUGCAAAGACUAGGCUUCUUGAUCAUGUGUCUAGCCAGAAGGUUAUAGAUGUUGAUCACAGAGAAGGGCAGAGGAUAUUUUUCCCUGCCAGAGAAGAAUUCUUUUGCUGUUCAUCUGCAAGAUUUCUAAGAGGCCAUCCAUCUGGUAUUUCUGGCUUGAAUAGCGAACUGGGAAGAUCAGAAAUCUUUUUACCCUUUGGGGUACGAGGGUUGUCACAGUAUGUCCGCACAGCAUCAACUGCUACUGCCAAGCAGCCUGAAAUUGGCAGUGAAGAGCAUGAUGAAGAUCAGAAGAAAAAACAGAAUAAAGAGGCAUCACCAGAGGAGUGUGAUCAGGCUGUUGAAGGCCUGAGCACUGCAAAAGCUAAAGCAAAAGCUAAGCAGCUGCAAGAAACCCAGAAAAAUUAUCAAUUUAUUCGCAAGUUAUGGGCUAAACUAUUAGGGAUAGGUCCUGCUUUAAGAGCGGUUGCUUCCAUGAGCAGGGAGGAUUGGGCCAUAAAGUUUCGGCAUUGGAAGGAUGAAUUUGUUUCUACAUUGCAACACUAUUGGCUUGGCUGCAAGCUACUGUGGGCGGACAUAAGGAUUUCUUCAAGAUUACUGUUGAAACUUGCUGGUGGAAAGAGCCUUUCUAGAAGAGAGAGGAAGCAAUUGACUCGCACUACUGCUGAUAUCUUCAGGCUGGUGCCUUUUGCAGUUUUUAUAAUAGUUCCAUUUAUGGAAUUUCUAUUGCCAGUGUUCUUGAAGUUAUUUCCGAACAUGCUACCAUCCACUUUUCAGGAUAAGAUGAAGGAACAGGAAGCACUUAAAAGGACGCUUAAUGCCAGAAUUGAGUAUGCCAAAUUCUUGCAAGACACGGUUAAAGAGAUGGCAAAUGAGGUGCAAAGAACACGUAGUGGAGAAGUAAAACAGACUGCGGAAGAUCUUGAUGAAUUUUUGAACAAGGUCAGGACUGGUGCUCGUGUUUCCAAUGAGGAAAUUUUGAACUUUGCAAAACUUUUCAAUGACGAGCUAACUCUGGAUAAUAUAAGCAGGCCAAGGUUGGUCAAUAUGUGUAAAUACAUGGGAAUCACACAUAUUGGGACGGACAAAUAUUUACGAUUUAUGCUUCGGAAGAAGCUGCAACAGAUAAAGGAAGAUGAUAAAUUGAUUCAAGCAGAAGGUGUGGAGUCCCUUUCAGAGGACGAGCUUCGUCAAGCUUGUCGUGAACGUGGCCAUCUAGGGUUGCUUUCCAAAGAGGAGAUGCGCCAACAGCUGCGGGAUUGGUUGGAUUUGUCUCUUAAUCACUCAGUACCUUCGUCUCUUCUUAUACUUUCUAGAGCUUUCACUGUAUCUGGAAAGCUGAAACCCGAGGAAGCUGUUGUGGCUACACUCUCAUCUCUACCCGAUGAAGUUGUAGACACUGUUGGCACUGUGUUGCCAUACGAGGAUUCUGUUUCAGAGAGGAGGAGAAAGUUGGAGUUCCUUGAAAUGCAAGAAGAACUUAUCAAGGAGGAAGAGAAACUUAAAGAGAAAGAGGAGAAAACUAAGAAGGAGGAAUCUGUUAUCCAUGAUGAAGAUUUGGCUUUAAAGGAGAUGACAGGACCUACCUUGCGUGAAGCACAGCAGCUUGCAGAAGAGAAAACAAUGGAGAAAAGGGAGCAGCUGUGCAAUAUCAGCCGUGCAUUGGCUGUUCUAGCUUCUGCCUCUUCGGUUAGUAGGGAGCGCCAGGAAUUCCUUCAACUAGUUAAUAAAGAGAUAGAAUUAUACAAUACCAUGCUUGAGAAAGAGGGGACAGAGGGUGAGGAAGAGGCUAAGAAAGCUUACAAAGCUGCUAGGGAAAUGAGUGAUCAUGCAGCUGAAAUUGCUGCAGGGGACAAGGUUUCAUCAGCGCUUAUUGACAGGGUCGAUGCUAUGCUUCAAAAACUUGAAAUGGAGAUUGAUGAUGUUGAUGCCAAAAUUGGAGAUCGAUGGAUUCUACUUGACAGGGAUCGCGAUGGCAAAGUGACGCCAGAAGAAGUAGCAGCUGCUGCCAUGUAUUUGAAGGACACCUUAAACAAAGAAGGUGUGCAAGAGCUGAUCACCAAUCUUUCAAAAGACACAGAUGGUAAAAUUCUUGUUGAAGAUAUCAUCAGGUUAGGCUCACAAGUGGAUGUGAGCAAUGGAGAUGAAACUGAGAGCCGUUAAAAUUUCUCCAAUAUUUGUGAAACUUUAUGCGAAGUUGCAAAUUUUUAUUUUUGCUGUCAGGCUAUCAGAAAGUAUUUACUCAAAUCCCUAAAUUAGACUUCGUGUAUUCCCAUCCGGAGAUUUUUUUUUUUUCCGGUAGCUUUCAGAACUAUAAGCUUUUCUUGGAUAGUUAUGUAUAGUCUCGUUCUUAAAUUUUAUAUCAUCUUAUCAUUUUUGUGUAAUAAGUACAAUUUUUUUUAGAAGUAUUAUCAACACUUCAAAGCAGUUAUAAAUGAA